CCCGGUCCCGGUCCCGGUCCCGGAGCAGCGGAGCGGGGGCAGCGGAGCGGCGGCGGCCGCGGCCGAGCGCUGGGGCAUGGCCGUCAAUGUGUACUCGACGUCGGUGACCAGCGAGAACCUGAGCCGCCAUGACAUGCUGGCCUGGGUCAACGACUCCCUGCAGCUCAACUACACCAAGAUCGAGCAGCUCUGCUCAGGGGCUGCCUAUUGCCAGUUCAUGGACAUGCUGUUCCCCGGCUGCGUGCACCUGCGGAAGGUGAAGUUCCAGGCCAAGCUGGAGCACGAGUACAUCCACAACUUCAAGGUGCUGCAGGCCGCCUUCAAGAAGAUGGGAGUAGACAAAAUCAUCGCGGUGGAGCGGCUGGUGAAGGGCAAGUUCCAGGACAAUUUUGAGUUCAUCCAGUGGUUCAAGAAAUUCUUUGACGCCAACUACGACGGCAAGGAGUACAACCCGCUGCUGGCGCGGCAGGGCCAGGACGUCGCCCCCCCAAACCCAGGUGAUCACAUCUACAACAAACCCAAGAAACCCAUUGGCACCGCAGUCCCCCAGAGGACCUCCCCCACGGGCCCCAAGAACACCCCGAACCCAGCCCGCCUCGGCAACGUGCCCAGCGGCAUCCUACGGAAAAACUCGCCUGCCGCCCGCAACGGCGGCACCGAGGCUGACGCGCAGAUCCUGGAGCUCAACCAGCAGCUGAUGGACCUGAAGCUGACGGUGGACGGGCUGGAGAAGGAGCGGGAUUUCUACUUCAGCAAACUGCGGGACAUUGAGCUCAUCUGCCAGGAGCACGAGAACGAGAACAGCCCCAUCAUCACCGGCAUCGUCAGCGUCCUCUAUGCCACGGAGGAGGGCUUUGCCCCACCGGAGGACGACGAGCUGGAGGAGCAGCCGCCAGAGGACCAGGACGAGUACUAGCCCCGGCCCGCGCCCGCGCCCCCCGCGCCGCCCCCACCACAGACACGGGAGGUCCGAGCCCGCGCCUCGCCCCGCACUGUCACACGCCACGGCGGUCUCCGGCAGUGCCAGGGGGAAGCCACCAUCUCCAUACCCAGCCGGCAUCCCUGGGCGAGGAGCGCGGCCGCGCCGGGGGCCGGGGCCGGGCAGGGCUCAGGCGCCGUGCCGGGGCCCGGCCCGCGCCGCCCCCUCCCCAUAUUUAUUUCUGUUGUCCCCCGGGUGCGAGCGAGCGCCGCGUCCGCCCCGGUGUCCUGCGUGCCCACGGCGAGAGUGAGAGGGAAGGCCGCGGCCUCGGGGGCCGGCCCGGGGGGCCGAGCACUGCUCACCUUGCUGGGAGCCCCCGGGACCCCCGUGGCAGAGCGAGCGCCGGCCCGGCAGCCUGUCGGGGCGGGAGGCCACGGAGCCGAGGAGGGAGAUGUCGGUUCGGGUUCCCGGGAAGGAGGAAAGGAAAGCCCAGCCCGGCGCGGCCGCGGCAGCGGGGGGCACCUGCAGCCACGGGGGUCCCGGAGAGGGGGCCUGUCCCCGCCAGGGCACGGAACGGCAGCGGGCCCUCUCCUCUCGCCUGUGGCCCCCGCGGGGCCGGGGCUGGGCUGGGUCACCGCGAGGGCUCGCGGCGCCCGCCCGCCCCGGCUGCCACGUCCCCGUCGCAUCGCUUGUCUGCUCCAUCGCUCCGGUCGCAACGCUGCAUCCGUGUUCGGUUUUAUUUAAAUAAACUCGUGUGGUAACACUG